AAUUUUUUUCGAUAUCAAUAAGGUUCUCAUUUGUACUGUCGAGGUUUUCUCAAAACAAAAAAAAAGAGGCGAGGUUGAAUUAUAGGAGAAUACUGAGCAUGAGUUGUUGGGUGCAAUCAUUUUGCCUUUGCCACAAAUUUCUUUUCCCAAUCCUUUUUGUUUUUCGCCUUUUUGCUUUCGGUUAAGGAGGGUGAAAGAUGCUCUCUUUCUCUUCCUCUCUCUGGAUUUUGGCCUCCUCAUGAGAUUAAGGAAGCGUAUACAAUGCUUUCCUUCUUGCUCUUCCCUUCGCAAAGUUGAUGAGGAUGAGAAUUAUAGGAGACGGAAAAAGUGCGAUGAAGAGUUGGAAUGGCCACACAAUUCAACUCAUGUCAAACCGCAGUUAGCUCAAUGUUUUAUCGUUGUAGUUAAUGCUAUGGUUGGACCACGAUCAUGGACAGGACUAUUUACCCGCUCAAGUAACAAACGUAAUGAGAAGCCAGAUGACUACUCUUUGAGUCCUCUUCAGGAACAGAGACUUUUGAGGCUUCAAGCACGACUACAAGUACCUUUUGACGAGAAUCGCCCUGAUCAUCAAGAAGCCUUGAAAGCAUUGUGGCAUGCUGCCUUUCCAGAUGUUGCUCUGCGAGGUCUGAUCUCCGAGCAAUGGAAAGAGAUGGGUUGGCAAGGUUGUAACCCCUCUACUGACUUCAGGGGCUGCGGUUUUAUCUCCCUCGAGAACUUGCUUUUUUUCGCCAGGAUUUAUCCAGCAUCUUUCCGUAGGUUAUUGUUCAAGCGAGACGGGAAUCGAGCAACUUGGGAAUACCCAUUUGCUGUUGCUGGCAUAAAUAUAUCAUUUAUGUUGAUCAAAAUGCUGGAUCUUUGCUCAGAAAAACCAAGGUGUCUUCCAGGAAUAAAUUUCGUGAAACUAUUAGGAGAAGAUGAAGCCGCCUUUGAUGUACUGUACUGUAUAGCUUUCGAAAUGGUUGAUGCUCAGUGGCUCGCAAUGCAUGCGUCCUACAUGCAGUUUAAUGAGGUUCUACAAGCAACAAGGACACAGUUGGAAAGAGAGUUGUCUUUAGAAGAUACUCAAAGAAUACAUGAUUUACCAGCUUACAAUCUAUUGUACCAGUAGCUAGCUUUAGAGAUGAAAAGUACAGGUAAUCUUAAAGGCAUUAGGUGCGAUUGAUACAAUUGAAAACAACUGAAAACAACUGAAAACAACCUCAUGCUUGUGCGGCAAUGCUUUUGAAUGGUUGCUAGACAGAAAUGAAUAAUGAUGAUGUAACCAAGAUUGCAACAAUUUGAGUACCUACAAUUAUUUGUUCGAGAAAUUGUAAUACACGGGUUAUUGUUAUGAUGGGAGAUGAAUGACUGCUUCAAGCCGAG